UCUGUCAUAUCAAGGUGUUUUCUCAAAGCAAAAGCAAACUUCGGCAACUGUCAAAGUUUAUUUUAUUUAACUAAAAAUUUAAUUCAUAUUGCGUUUAUUUUAUUAUGGCAGUGUACUGAAUUCUCAAAGUUCAACAAAAUAAUGGAGAAAUUACCAGUAGAGGUUAUUGAAAAUAUUCUCACUUUCCAGAAAAUAUCUAUUGAAGAUGUGGUACAUUUUUCUCUAACUUGCCAUUAUUUUCAUAAUAUUGUAACAAACAACAACAAAAUCUGGAAAACUAAGCUGUUUCAGAAAUUUCCCCAGUUGAGGAGCCUCUUGGAAAGUAAACAUAUCAUUUUCCAGCAUGAGGUUAAAUAUAUUUAUGAACUGAAGAAAAGAACUCGAGCUCUACUUGAGAAAAUGCCUGCUAAAUUUUACAAGAGAUAUGAAAUCUCAGACUCGGAUCUAUAUGAGUGGAGCAGUAUUUUACUCGAAAGAGAAGAAGUAUACAAAUGUCUUGUAACAGAUUUAAUGGAGAUUGUAAAUACAGAUGUUUCCAUCAAGAGUAUAGAAGUGGUACCAUUAAACACACCAGGAAAUAAGACGUUCCAGUAUUAUGCCAACAAAGUACUCAGAUACAUACGACAGCAUCAUCUUUCCAAGGUAUGGAAGGAAUACAUAUCUUUACCGCCAUCUAAACAAAUUCUUGAAGUAGGUGCGGUAUUUGUUGCUCAGUGGUGUCAACCAAAUGUUGAAGUGACAGUUGAGAAUAUAGGCCACAGAUUAGAUUUGAUAGCUGAAGAGGUUAAGUCUGCACUGCGAACAGUAUAUCCCGAGCAUCCAAUAUUUAAAGCGACUCAAGAGCAACUCGAUUUAUGGCGCAGACAAAACAAAGAGCAAAAUGAAUGGAAAGUAAACGAAUGUCGUCAGCUAAUAACCAUCAUGCGCGAAGUACUCUUUCAACAGAUGAGAUUCAGUGGAAACAACCAUGCUUACUAUAUGCCACAAAAUUCAUUUAUCAAUGAAGUUUUGGAUAAACGUCAAGGUUUACCCAUAACACUAGCAAUUGUAUUUGAAGGUGUAGCUAGAAGAUUGGGUCUAAGAUGUGAGCCUAUCAGCUUCCCAGCGCAUUUUUUGCUUAGGUUUUGUGAAAGCGUUGAUCCUGAAUCUGACUGGUACUAUAUUGACGUUUUCAAUGGAGGCCAAAUAGUGGGAAGAGGAGCAUGUCCGCAUAGUAGAUUUUCAGGUUCCAGAGAUCUCAUUCCGGUUGCCACAGCUGUACAAGUGAUAGAACGCAUGGCAAACAAUUUGGAAGUUUCAGCCAGACAACAUGCUCAUCCCAAUGGCAAGAUAACACGUUUAAGGUCAAGUUUGGAGUUGUUGAAAUUAGUGAAUCCGAGAGACAUUUCAGCUUUAGUCAGCUUAGCUAGAUUAUAUAUGCUGCACAACAUGGAUACUAAAUCUUUGGAAACUUUCUUGUUAUCUCAGGAGUUUGAAGUUCCGGAACAAGCUCAAAGAGUACUUCAUAUGCUUCGAGAUUACGAAGCGCAUCAUUCUCGCAACGACCUGGGUCUUUUUAGUCAAGUAGAAGCAGCACAACGUACGCCAAAUUUACAUUAUGCAGUAGGAAUGGUGAUGAAGCAUAUGACUUUAAAUUACAAAUGUGUUAUCUAUGACUGGGAUCCGGUAUGCUUGGCGGCUGCCGAAUGGCAAGCCGAAAAUAAUGUGGACAAAUUGCAGCUCAAAGAUGAACAACCAUUUUAUAACGUUCUGGUGGAAGAUGGGUCCCAUAGAUAUGUGGCGCAAGAAAAUUUAUUUCCUACAUCAGAUAGAGAAGAGAUAUAUCUCAAUGAAGAUGUCGGCAGGCAUUUUUCUCACUACUUCGAGACUCACUACGUUCCGAAUGCUGAGAAAGAGAAAGAGUACCCAGCUGAUAAAAAGAUACGUCACUGGUUUCAUCACCAAAAGAAGCUUGAAAGUAUUAAUCUUUAAUAAUUGUAAAUGUGUUAUUUUAAUGUUUUAGACUAGUUGUUAAGUCUGUGUUGGCUAAUUGUCCAAUAUGUAUUAUGUAUUCUGAUUCCAAUAUCUAUGUUUUAUUCUUUUAAGACGUGCCAAGUUGAAUGAUUUGAACAUUCGACAUUGUGCGUGUGUAGAUGUCGGCAUAAAGAUUCUUUUCUUUUCUGUUAAGCUAUAGAGUUUUAUAUUUUAUUUGUUAAAUAAAAUACAUGUUUUAUCCCAAAAAUAA